AUGACUCAAGAACAAUCACAACAACCACCAUCAGGAUCACCAUCACAAUCGCCAGCUCCAACUGGUCCACCAUCAGGUGCUCCACCACAACAACAACCACCACAACAACAAUACUACGCUCCACCACCACAAGGUUACGCUCCACCACCACAAGGAACUGAGUACAGCGCUCCACCACAAGGAUACGCUCCACCACCACAAGGUUACGCUCCACCACCUCAAGGAUACGCUCCACCACCACAAGGAUACCCACCACAACAACAAUACUACGCUCCACCACCACAAGGUGCUUAUCCACCACCAGCCGGUGCCCCACCACAAACCUACAUGGCCGCACCAGCCACCACCGUCGUCGUCACUCAAGCCGCCGUCCAAUUCCGUGAGAUCCCAGUUGAUGUCACCUGUGGUCACUGUAACAACAGAGUCACCACCAGAACUGACUAUGUCGUCGGUGAAAUUUGA